AUGCUUUACGAGUUGUUUGCCAUCGCUCGUAUCUCUGACCCGCUCAACAUGAACAAGGAAGCGGCUAAGAUUGCCCACACUGUCGGCAAGCUUAUCAUCAAUAACAGAGGAGUCAUCCGUAGCAUAACGAGUUUGGGCCCCAAGGCACUUCCCAGGGUGAUCUCCAAAGACCAGGAAAGACAUUUCCAGGGAUACCAGUUUGUGAUGAGUUUCGAUGCUUCUUCGGCAGUGCAGGGAGAGCUUUUAAGAACGAUGAGAAGAGAUCCACGUAUUUUGCGUACUUCCAUGGUGAAGAACGACUUGAGCCGUAAGUUGAAUGUGGGCACUUCUUUCGACAGAGCCUUCGACAAGGUUUCUUAUUAA